GGAAAAAGAAUUCGGAAAAGUAAGACUGGCAAUAGCCGACGGACUGAUAGAGGGAAAGCUCACAACUGCUCCGGGGGCCGGAAAGAAGCGGGUAACAACGGCGUCGUUACAUUCUAUGCAACGCAUAGUGGAGAAGAAAAAGGCUGUCUCUGCCAAAAGCAAGUUCGGAUCCCAAAAGGUCAUUUUCUUGUGCUGCGAGUGACUUAAAAGACCAAAGAUUUCACUUAAAGGGCCCUAGUUCAAAACCAACAUGCAAGCUGCUUCUCAUUGUUAUCCUCUUCACUUUUCCGGAAGAGGCAGCUAUAGUAAGGUGAGUCAUGUAAAUGUAAACGUUUUGAGCUUGAAUUGGCUUCCUCAGAGAUUUGACUUCAAUCAAGGAGCUCAGAUCUGUAAGGUUCUAAAACCUAUCAAACUGAAAAGAUUCUGUGUGAUUCCUAACUCUAAUGAUGGUCAUCCAAGUCUUCCUGUCUCUGAAGAGGACACAACUGCAUCUAAAGAGGAUGCAUCUACAGUGGAAGAAUGGGAAAAUGGAGGAGAAACAUUUUUGAGUAAGUGGUCACCUCCCAGGUACUUAUGGAGGGGACUAUCAGUUCCUAUCUUGGCAGGGCAGGUUAUUAUUAGGAUCAUAAAGGGUAAAGUCCACUGGAGGAAUACUCUUCAACAGUUGGAAAGAGUUGGACCUAAGUCGGUUGGUGUCUGUCUGCUAACAGCAGCUUUUGUCGGCAUGGCCUUCACUAUCCAAUUUGUUAGAGAGUUCACUAGAUUAGGGUUAAACAGAUCUGUUGGUGGGGUAUUGGCCCUUGCCUUUUCAAGAGAGCUAAGUCCAGUUGUCACAUCAAUUGUAGUUGCUGGGCGUAUCGGUAGUGCAUUUGCUGCUGAACUGGGCACUAUGCAGGUAUCUGAGCAGACUGACACGUUGAGAGUUCUCGGUGCAAAUCCUGUUGAUUAUUUGGUGACACCAAGAGUGAUUGCGUCUUGCAUAGCCUUACCUUUUUUAACCCUAAUGUGCUUUACAGUUGGUAUGGCAUCCAGCGCCCUUUUGGCUGAUGGCGUUUAUGGAAUUAGCAUAAACAUAAUUUUGGAUUCUGCUCAGAGAGCUCUUAGAUCAUGGGACCUUAUUAGUGCAAUGAUUAAAUCAGGGGUGUUUGGUGCUAUUAUAUCCAUCAUAAGCUGUGCUUGGGGGGUCACCACAUUGGGAGGUGCCAAAGGGGUUGGAGAGUCGACUACUUCAGCAGUAGUUUUAUCUCUUGUUGGCAUAUUCAUAGCUGACUUUGCUCUCUCUUGUUGUUUCUUCCAGGGUGCUGGCGAUUCGCUGAAGAAUUGUGUGUGACAUUUCUAAUGUUUUCCCAAUUUUGAAGUUUCAAGAUGUUAAAUUUUGUAGCCAUUAUUUUAUUGUUUCAAGAGAAUCCGCACCGGUGAUGAACGAAAAA